CGAGUUUGAUAAGCGAACAACGUCCGAUCGAUUUGUGUUUUUUUAGGCAGUUGAAAAUAAAGGGUUAGUGAUGCUAUUCAAUAUGAAAAGAGCAAGUCUGUGAUAUUAAGAUAGCUAUUAGCAUAAUUUCUAAAAUAGCCAACGUGUACUUGUAUAAAUCUAUGAGAUUAAUUGAUAAACAUAGUGAAGUGACAGUUUAGUGAAGCUUUGAUUUAGGAACCCGGUGGGAAGGUGUCCGCCGGAAGGAACGACAGCCGCUCAACCGAUACUCGCCAGUCCAACGGUGUUUGGUGUACGAGAUAGAGUGUGAGUUGUUAGUGAGGAAGGAAAACCGGUGUCUCUUGACAGUCGCUGUUAUCUGGGGGAGGCCCGAGGAUGGCGGACACAAGUCAGCAGGAACUAUCCGAGCCUCACACAAAUGGUGUAGUGGAUGGACUUACAGAAGAAGAGAAAAGCAAGAUGAGACCAGCUGAUAUUGAUGCUGACAUGAGAGAAAUGGAGAGAAGGAAGAGAGUAGAACUUAUAAUGAAUUCGAAAAUGUUUAAAGAAGAAUUAGAACGUAUUAUUGAGACACAACUGAAGGACGGAUCAGGUCCUUCUGGACUUUUACAACAAAUAUCGGAUAUGAUGGGUGCUCAAGGCGCUCGUUUUAACUCUAAUGUGUUCAAAAACUCUAACUGCGUGGUGCCUAUUAAUGAUAUUCGAGGAGUUGAAGCAAAAGGUUACGAGAGGGGUGAAAAAGUACUUCGUUGCAAGCUGGCUGCUGUUUUUAGGCUCCUAGAUUUGUAUGGAUGGACUCAAGGAGUUGGUGGUCAAAUAACAGCUCGAUUAAAUCAAGACCAAGAGCAUUUUCUUGUUAAUCCUUAUGGUUUACUCUAUCACGAAGUUACUGCCUCGAGUUUGGUGAAGGUUGACAUGCAAGGUCAAGUCGUAGAACAAGGCACAACAAACUUUGGUGUACAUGUAGCUGGUUUUCAGCUUCAUUCAACGAUACAUGCUGCCAGACCUGAUAUUAAAUGUAUCAUUCACAUUACGACACCGACUGUCACAGCUGUGUCUUCCUUAAAAGGUGGCCUGCUUCCUCUUGGUCAAGAGAGUGUUGUUAUUGGUGAAGUAUCGACCCAUCAAUAUAUUGGUGAAACAGUUGAACCUGAAGAGCGUGAAAAAAUUACAAGAAAUCUUGGCCCCAUCAAUAAAGUUAUGCUUUUGACAAACCGUGGUGCUUUAUGUUGCGGUGAAACUGUUGAAGAAGCAUUCUACAAUGUUUAUAAUACUGUCCUUGCUUGUGAAACACAGUUGAAACUCAUGCCUGUAGGUUUGGAUAAUCUAAAUCUUUUAACUGAGGAAGCAAGAAAGGCGAUAUUUGAAGCAUCGAGAAAACCACCGGUUCCAUUUUCUAGUGCAAUCAUAGAACCAUCACCGUUGGCUGAGAAAUUAGAAAAACGUUGGAGAAUCGGUGGAACUGAAUUUGAAGCUCUUAUGAGAAUGCUGGACAAUGCUGGUUUCCGUACUGGAUACAUUUAUAGACAUCCAUUGAUUAAGAGUGAACCUCCAAGACCUAGAAAUGAUGUCGAAGUACCUCCUGCAGUAUCAUCUCUUGGAUAUUUGUUGGAAGAAGAAGAACUUUAUAAACAAGGAUUAUGGAAAGGUGGUCGUAAAGGAGCAGAUAGAUCACGUUGGUUGAAUUCUCCUAAUGUUUAUCAAAAGGUGGAAAUUCUCGAGACCGGCACACCGGAUCCCAAGAAGAUCACCAAGUGGGUGGAUCAAAACGCUGAGGAGUGGGUCUCUGAUGGAUCGCCAACUCAUAGCAGCACACCAGUAAGGAUUGAUAGUGCCCUCCAAUUUGUACCGAAAAACACAAAUCCAAAGGAGUUCAAGCAAUUACAGCAGCAGAUAAAAGAUUACCGCCGGUCAGAAAAAAUUUCAGCAGGACCACAAUCACACAUUCUGGAAGGUGUGUCUUGGGAAGAAGCUAAAAAGAUGCAGGACGCAACAAUAAGUGGCACUGGGGAACAAGUAGUUUUGGUUGGCGCCGCCAGUAAAGGCAUUAUCCAACGUGGAUUCCAACACAAUGCGAUGGUGUAUAAAACUCCUUAUGCCAAAAAUCCUUUCGACGCUGUCACGGAUCAAGAACUCGAUCAAUAUAAAAAAGAAGUCGAGCGUAAAACUAAAGGAGAUUUAUAUGACGAAUCUCAAUCUGAAUCAGAAGCAUUAUCGUCAUUUAAUAUUAGUCGAGCAACACAUGAAUCUAGCACUGCCAAAAGUCCUAUCCAGUCACCCAUUUCUGUGACAUCAGAAACCGAAGAAGAAAGCCGAGAUGAACCUCGUGUACUGCGGAUAGAAAAGAAACACGUGCCUGUUCCAAGUCAAGCAGAAGUUGUUCUAAGUGAUGGAAAGAUGCAUGUGCAUGAUAAUGUUAGAACAGCAAAUUCAAAUAUUGCUGUUACGGUGACGGCGCCUCCUUCAUCUGCUCAACAGCCCUUAAUUCAGAAAAAAACUGAUUCAGCUUUAUUAACUAACCAUCACAAGAUUGGAGUGGAUGCAACGACAGAAUUUUUGAAUGAAAUGAGACGCAAUGCUAUUGAUUCAAGGAAUAAUCGUAAGCAAGAUGAGUCGGGCGAUGACAGCAGCGAGUUCAAGAUGCAAGAAUAUGCUUGGUGGCGCGUGAAAACCUACGAAGAAACACGUCUAGAGGUGGCUAAAACGGGCACUACUGCAGUGCCAAUGACCCCUAUUCGUUUAAACAUACCUUUCAAAAAGUAUCAAAUUAAUAAUCGUAAUGAAUUUUCAUCUAAACUACCAUUGAGCCCGCGAAUGUUGAAAAGACAGUACUUUUUCGAUCAAUAUGAUAAAAUUUAUAAUGCUUAUAGAAACGGAAGUCAUGAUAGUCUUAAUCUAAUUCUUAAAAUGCCUAUUCGCAAGUAUUCUAAUAUAUUUAUUAAAGAACCAAAUAAUAAUAAUAACAACAUUGAUAAUAGAUUUGCAUCAAAUAAUGGAACAGUUAAGCACCUUAUUGCAAAGUAUUCUUUUAUUGAUACGAAAGAAUGCAAACAGUCUUUAAAAAACCGAAAAAGAAAUCAUGUGUCUUCUACUUUAAGUCCAAAUUAUCCUAAAUUAUCUUUGUCUAAAAUUCCACGACUGGCACUUUCUCAUGCUAGAAAAUUAGAAGAUUUAGAAAGUCCUCGUUUAGUAGAAGCAGCUAUGAAUAACAAGAAUUUGCAUAAAAAUAACAGACAGAAAAAUAUUUUAGAUAAUGAAUAUUUUUUAACACAGAAAACUAUAAAGAUUGAGAAUAAAAUAUUGCCGAUAGAAGAAACUACUGAAAUAAUAAAUACAGAAGACAUUAAUGGUAAUGUUAAUGAUAAUAGAGAGACAACAGAAAGUUUUGACAAGACAAUUAAAGUUGAAGCUCAUGAUAAAAAUGGAAAUUCUGUAACUCCAUUGGAUGAUACUCAAGUAAAUCAAGAAUUAAUUGAUACAAAAGUUAUAGAAACUACUGGAUCUCCAGAAAAAGAUCAAAGUUCUGCUGAAGAUAUAAUAAGUCAACAAACUGUUGUUGAAAGAGGAGCAAUAGAAAAAGAGCUGGCCUCUGGUAAAGAUUUUAUAGAAGUAGUCCCACCGAUUGAAGAUGAUGAAAAAUGGUUAAAUGAGCUAGCAGAUGAAAUGGAAGAUUCAUUUUAUCGAGAAAUAAAUGAAAACCAACCAUGGAGAUAUUCAUCACCGAUUAGUAAACAUUAUCAAAGAGAAGACAGUAUGACUGAAGUAAUCAAUAGUAUAAAUGUAAACUUGACUCCUACUAAAUCAUUAUCGACUUACAAUUUUCAUCUUCCAGAUACUGGUGUAUCAAUAAAAUACAAUCUGAACUCCACUUCCAUGAGUACAAUUUAUCGUUUAACUCCAACAGGUAUAGACGAUGAUGAUGAUGAUACAAAUAAAGAGCAUAUUACUUGUGGUAAAGAAUGUCCACAAUGUUUAAUUCUAGAUGAUCCAGUUGAAUUGGAAAAUCUUUCGCCUGACGAUGUACGUGAUGAACUAUCUCCUUUCAAAUGGGAUGAACCUUUUGUAAAUAGAUUAAACAAAAAUCCCAAAGGAGUGAUAGAUUUGAAUAAAACAAUAGAUCUCUUUGAUAAUUCUAUUGAAAUGGAUACCGACAGUCAUGAAGAAACUGAAGAAAGUGUGUGUAUUAAAGACGAACCUUGUUCCCUUGAGGAAUCAGAUUUAUUGGAACUACCGCACUCAACAGUAGCCGAAUUAAAAGAAUCUGAUGAGGCCACUUUCCAUGAAGACAUCACAACGUCUGUGAAUGAAAUAAUUGCAGGUCUUGGGGAACGUGAAGCUUUGCUUAAAGCUGCUGAUAUUGUUGAUGAUGUUAUCUCUGUAGCUUGUUCGAAUUUAGAAGAAGAAUCUUCUCAAGCUUGUAAUGUUGAAAUCAAACAAGAAAAUCAAGAAGAAAAAGAAGAGAUUUGUGAAAUUAUUCAUAAAAUUACUCAACAGCCAGUUGAGAAGUUCAAUAACUCUAAUGAUGAAGGAAAAAGAAAAAAGUUUAUUGUUGUUGAUGAAUUAAUACACCAUGUUAUUGACAAAAACUCUUCUCAAGAAAGUAAUUCAACUUCAGAGUCUUCUACUACAGAAAGUUUUAAUAUCAAAAAAGUUAAAGAAAGUGUAAAUACAGAACUGAAAGAAAUGCAAAGUAAUCUCAGUGACAAUAGAAAUAUAGAAACAUCUGUAGAGGGAGAUUUAAAUGAUCAAGAAAUGUCAGAUGUUGAUGGAGGUGAUACAGAAAAAUUAAUUAAUGACAUAAAACAAAUUAUUGAUGAUAUUGACUCUAAUACUCCAAAUGAAGCAGUGAUAAGAGACGAAUUUCUCAGUAUUGUUGAUUAUUUAGAUGAUCAGCAACUUUGCUCUGAUCAAUCUGACGUCUAUCAAAAUCAAUUGAAGCUUAUUAUAAAGCAGUCAAUUGAAAAUUCGAAUGAUGAAUCAAAUGCUAACUUGCAAUAUUCGUUUGAUUCUUUGAAUUCUAAUCAUUCACCUGAAAACAUGAUAUUGGCAAAUUAUUCUGAAGCUGUUCAACAGUUUAAGGAACAAUGUGAAAGAAUUUUAAAUAAUCAAUCAGAUAAGAGUGAAGAUUCUAGUGAUACUAUAUUGAAUUCCAAUGACCAAAAUCCUAGUCAUACGGAAAUGAGUGAAUUUUCACCGACAGAAGUCAAUGUAUCUUUAGACAAAGAGGCCAUUGAAGAGCAUGAAUUAACUGAUACUAUUUCAAUGACAGAUAAUGACACCAAGUCUGAUAAUAGCAAAGAGAAAGUUAAACUUUCUAUGAGAAGAAUAAAUUUUUGUUUAAUUGAGUAUGAAGGCAAACAAGAUAAAAGUAAGAAAUCUGAAGAAGAUUCAGAAGAUACAAUAAGUGAUGUUGUAGAAAAAGAUAUUACUCAAAUGUGGGAUAAUAAUGAAGCAGAAAUAGAACGUAGCUGCAAUGAAAUUCGUUCCAACGAUGUGGACGGGUCAUUUAUAGAAUAUGAAGCAGUAGAUGAUGUAAUAAGUAAUAAUAAUAUAAAAAUGGCUUGUGAUUCUUUGACCUCAAAUGAGCAUAUUUCAUUAUUCUCAAAAAUUAAUACUGAAACUAAACCUACAUUAUCUGCAAUUACUGAAGAAGCUGAAUGUAUUGAAGAGGAAAAUGAGAAGGAAGAAAUAAUAGAUAGAAAUAAAUUCAUGCUGCCUGCUAUUGAGGAAGCUGAUGAAAUAACAGAAAAAGAAGAUAAUAUUUUUAUUCCACCGAACUUAGAAGAUACAAUGCCAGUAGAAGAUACAGAAGAUGAAGAGAAUGAACAAGAAGCUGAUGAUAUAGCAAAAGAGGUAGAAAAAACUGAGCUAGUCCAUACAGAGACUGUGAUUGAAGGUGACAAAUGUGAAGAAAGUUCUAAUAAACCCCAAGAAGAUGAACACUGCCGAGAUGUUCAAAUGUCAGAAUAUUUUAAUGAUGAACUUAAUGAACCAAUCCAACAGAGUUCAUCUACGGAACAAGAGAACUUGAGUAAUGAAAGUAGCAUGAUUUUUGAAGAAACAGAAAGUCAAGCUAUAGCUAGUCUGCUGCAGAUUUUAAUAGAAGAAGAAACACCAAAGAUAAUUGAAAAUGUUGAUGAUUCCGUACUUAUUAUAGAACCAGAUCUACUUGAAGUAAAAACAAUUGAAGUAGUAGAUAUAGAUUCAGACAAAGAUGAAUCAAUAGCUAUGUCAUCAAUGACUACGAAUUUUUAUUCUUGCCAUGACACUAGUGUAUCCAUGCAAGCUAACCAAAGUAAUGAGAUGAAUUGUAUAAGUGCUGAAGAAGAUGAUUUAGAGUCUAAAUACUCAACAGGAGUAAAUAGCGAAGAUACUUAUACAUUAAGUGAUUAUAAUUCAGAAACAGAACGAGAUAUUACAUAUAGUGCUGAUAUUUCGUCUAAUUUAAGAAAGUCUGAUUCUUUUUCAACCUGUGAUUUGAAUCCUUGUGAUACUACUGUUAAUAUGGGAGAUGUUUCUUCAGCCUAUGAGAGUGUCGAUAAGCCUAAGAAUUCAGAGGAACCUGAAUUAAAAAAAUGUUCUGUUUGUACGAAAUAUUUUAAAGCUUAUAAAGAAAUAUAUGAUAGAAGUAGCAUGAAUUACGAAGUACAAAAAAAAAUUGAAUAUAAUGAACUGUCAUAUGCAAGUCUUGAUGGAAAUCCAUCUGAUGAAGUAUGCAGUACUUGUAUUAUGACUUAUUCAAUGGAAACACGUGAUUUUAUUAGAUUAGAACGAAAUGUAAUUGGUGAAGAAUUACAUUAUGAAAAACUUAAAGUAUCACCGUUAAAAACUCCACCAAAAUAUGAAGAUACUACUCUAUGUCAAAUUGUUGCCAAAAUAAGUUUGACUGAUUCUUUAAGUAGUAGUAAUAAUAAUAGUUUAAAUUCUGUUGUAAACGUCGAAAAAUAGAAAAAAUCGUUUAGACAUAGUUGCGUUUUGUUUUACAAAUAAUGAAACAAUUUUUUAUUUUAAGUUUAACAUUUUUCUUCUUUAUUAUUGAAUGUUUAUGAAAAUGAUUAAAAUAAUUUUAUGUUAAAAUAAUUAUAAUAGCUUAACGCAUUGAGCUUAAUGUCUUUAAUAUUUUUACUUCAUUGCUGGGCAAGAUUAAUAUUUAAUUAAUUAAAUAAUAAAUAACUUGGAUAUUAGGAAAUCUAAGCAAUUUUAAUUAACAUUUCUUGUGUAAAAUCACUCUUUGUAUUUUCUAUAGUAAUAAAACAAUUUCCUGUUUA